GAACUCUCUUCAUUGUCGCUGUACUUCUACAUAGUGUAGGUCAGUUUUUGUCCGUUCUGAUUCAGCAAAAAGUGUAGAGUUAAGUUCUUGUUUAGUAACAUUCACCACCGGCUAACAUCAAAAUGAAGCUCCCUUUUCUUCUCUUUCUCGGGAUAUACGGAGCUCACGCGGUCACCCACUCUCUGAAGUACUUCUACACUGGAGUCUCAGGGGACAUCAACUUCCCAGAGUUCACUACUGUGGGUCUGGUGGAUGAGGGUCAGUUCAUGUACUUUGACAGCAACACCAAGACUGCCGUCCCCAAGACAGAGUGGAUGAAGAGAGAAGGAGCUGAGUACUGGGAUAGUCAGACUCAGGGCCUCAUUGGUGCCCAUCAGACCUUCAAAGCCAGCAUUCAGAUUGUAAAGGAUCGCUUCAACCAGUCCAGGUCCACAGGAGUUCACACAUAUCAAAUGAUGUGUGGCUGUGAGCUGGAUGAUGAUGGCACCAGACGAGGCUACUUCCAGUAUGGAUACGAUGGUGAAGACUUUGUCAGCCUGGACCAGAGGACUCUCACCUGGACUGCUGCCAACCAGAAAGCUGUCAUCACCAAGCUCAAAUGGGAUGCAACCGGAGCUGAAGCUAAUAUUCUAAACAUCUAUCUAGAGAAUACAUGCAUUGAGUGGCUACAGAAAUACGUGAACUACGGCAAAGACACCCUGGAACGGAAAGUCCACCCCUCUGUGUCUCUGCUCCAGAAGAGCCCCUCCUCUCCAGUCACCUGCCACGCUACAGGCUUCUACCCCAGAAGUGUCAUGGUGUUCUGGAGGAGAGAUGGAGACCAGGUGUACGAGGAUGUGGAGCAUGGAGAGGUUCUACCUAACGAGGAUGGAACCUUCCAGAACAGUGUUCACCUGACAGUGAAGCCUGAGGACCUGGACAGCGGGAGGUAUGAGUGUGUGGUUCAGCUCUCGGGGGUUCAGGAGGACUUUGUCACCAGACUGGAGAACACCAAGCGAGGUGCAGAAGGUUCUGGUUCCUCUGGUCUCAUCAUUGGAGCGGUGGUUGCUGUUCUUCUGCUGGUCGCCAUCGUCUGUGGAGUCGUCAUCUGGAAGAAGAAGAAGGAUGCUAAGAAAGGCUUUGCUCCAGCUAACACUUCUGAUGAUGGAUCUAACUCCUCCAAUAACACGGCACCAAAAGCAUGAGGCCUUUCUGUUUAACCAAUCACAGGAGAGAGGCAGAGACGAGUGGAGGACAGAGAGAAACAAAACUCACCAAUCAUGAAGUGCAGAAAGGAACAACGGCAAUUUUACACAGUGUCUCUGAUUACUGAUCUGGUCUUAAUAAUGAGCAAUUAAUAAUAUUUUGAUCCUGAAAAAAUUUCAGGAUUUUAUGUUCCAUACAAACUACUUUGUACCAUGACAUACAGUAAUUCUUGUUUUCAUGCUUCACCAAAACAUAUUUUGUUUCUCUGUAUUUCUGCUCAGCUGAAUACUCUAUUACUGUAAAUAUUAUAAUUAAUGGGGCAUGUUCUGCCAGAUGACAUUAUCUGUCAGAACUGUCCAGUAUUGGGUUCCUAGGGAGUAAUGACGUAAUGUUUAGAACACUGAGUUUGUUUACAGAGAUAAAAACAUUCCAUGAAUAUAGUCAUAGACUAUAGAGAGGUUUCUAACUGGGUUGAGAUCAGAUACUGUAUGUAUGAUCAUGCUGACAGCCUGGAGACAGAGAGGGCUCAGUGCUUCUGAUGUUCAGAUCAACAGCAGACUUCUCCUCUCUUUAGCACCAGUCUGCAGGAAGGCUAUGUUAGUGUAUAACUGUUUACUCUCUUACACUAAAGGAACAACCUUAACCCAGCUUUAUAACAUUAAGACGAGGGGAGACGCUCCCCAUUAGUCUCCUAAACAUGUUAGAAGUCAGCUACACUCUUCUAUAACUAACUGGAGAGACCAUCUUAGAGUAACCAGCAUAGAGAGAUCUCAGUGAUUCCUCAGAGACCAGCUGUCACUGCUUGUACUGUCAUGUUGUUGCUGCUGGAGGCCUGGACAGUGGUUUCCUCCUGUUUCAUUAUCCAUCUCUGAUAGGGGCUCCAUAGAUAACAGUCUAUAACACCCCCCCCCCCCCCCCCCAUAUGUUGAUUUAGUUCAAAUAUGACAUUGUUUUGUGCAGCAGUGCUCUGCUAUGUCCUUGUAUAGCCGUUAAGCCUUCAGGAUGGUGUACAAACUACUUUCACUCUUAGACAGCUUCAUAACAUUAACGUGGGGAGAGGGUUUGUUUUGAUCCAAGUGUCGGAUAUGUUUCUUCUGGUAGACAAAUCCCUUAUAGUGUUUUUUAGCAUUAAAUGUUAUUGUUCAUCUCUCGAUCUCUUAUGUUUAGGGCAAGAUGAGAGAUAUUUAUCUCUUGUGUGAUACAUUUUCUAUUUCAGAAGCUUCAGUGAAGAUGCUUCUUUUGUCACAAUUGUGAUCUUUGGGCUUGGUUUAUGUAUAUGUGGUUUAAAUGGAAAUAAAAGGGGUUCACAUGUG